GGCUAGAAUCUCUCCAUUUUAUUUAUUCCCAAGUUAGUCAUUUAACUAUUAACAUGAUGAAAGCUGUACUCUUCGUCUGCGCUCAUGCGCUCCUGAUACAGUGUAUCGCGGGACAGUACAUAGGCUCUAGACUAGCCGGUCCUUGUGGUGCUCCUUUGGCAGCUGCUCCCUUAGCAGCUCCUUGUGGAUUAGAAGCUGCUGCCGUUCCAGCUUCCAAUGGAGGUGGACUCGGCAUAUCCAGUGCAUCAGCCAUACCACCGACCGGAGUAUCUGUUUUAACUGAAAACGCCAUCGAAGGAACUCUUGCUGUCACCGGCGCUCUGCCUUUCUUAGGAACCGUGGCUAUAGAAGGCGCUCUGCCGACUGCUGGUGCUGGUGCUGUCAAUUACGCCUGUGGCAGUGGAGUCGUGACCAUAUUGGCUGAAGAUAUUGCACCUGCUGGAAUAGCUGGUCCACUCGGCUACGGUGUUGGUCCUUUGGCUGUUGAUGCGGCCGGCUACGGUCCCUUCGGCUACGGUAUCGGACCUCUAGCUGGUCCAUACGCUCGCGCUGGUUGCGGUUGUAAUAAUGUCAUAUAAAAUUUAAUAUAAAAAAGGGCUUUAACGUUUUUAACGUACUUAUAUCGCAAUAUAGAAAAUUGAAAAUUAAA